AUGAUCGCUUCAAGAAGUAACCUCGAACAAUAUGGCAACUACGAAAUAGAGAUUUGGCAGCCGCUUGGGUUCACUACGGAUAAAAUACGGACUACAAGAGUUCAUAUACAAGAUCAAGACUUUACAGUCCAUGUUGCAGAUAUUACCACUCGCACAAAUAUCGAGAAAAGAGCUGAAGUUGAAUCAGAAGAGCUUUUGACCCCGUCAGAUGAUGAAAUUCACCAUGAUCUCAUUCUAGAGACCGAUGUUAAAGAACCCUCGGUCAAUAACUGCUCUAAUGGCGAACUAUCAAGUAUCUCCACUUCCAUGGUUGCGGCCGAAGCUGAUAAUGACAUACAACUCACGGAUAUAUUGCCUGGAUCAACCCGUCUCCGCAAGCUCCUUGCAAACAAUGCCAAGAUUAUAGUCUGUCCCGGGGUUUACGACGGGCUGUCAGCACGUAUCGCCCUGUCACUUGGCUUCGAAGGGCUUUACAUGCUGGUGCGGGGACUACUGCUAGUCGGUUGGGAGCUGCUGAUCUUGGCCUCGCUCAACUUCACGAUAUGA